CGACCACCGCAGCACCGCUUCAUUUGUGUCGGCAGAGAGUAGAGACCACUGAGGCACUGACCGGAACAAUGCAGGCGCCGCUGCAGAUGUUAUCUUCUCUUCUGUCGCCUCCGAAAUCAAAUCCUACUCCGGCAAGGAUCCUCUUCUCCCCUGGCUCCGAGGGAUAAAGAAACUGAGAGAAUCUCUGCCUCCAACUCAGCUGAAAGAAAAGCUACCUCGCUUCUUUCACAAAUGCGCUCAGACAUUUGAGUCUGAUGAGCGCUACAGGAACGAUCCUCGCUACCUUCGAGUUUGGUUGCAGUUGAUGGAUUAUGUGGAUGAACCAAGUUCGCUAUUGAGAACCAUGGAGAAGAAUCAGAUUGGGAUGAAGAGGUCAUUGUUUUACCAAGCAUAUGCUUUGUGCUAUGAAAAGAUGAAGAAAUAUGAGGCGGCUGAGCAGAUGUACCAGAUAGGUGUCCAGAACCUUGCUGAGCCUGUUGACGAGUUGCAAAAUCCUGAAGGGAAACAAAUUCAAGAUGGAAGCACUGGUCUUGUGAAGAAGCCUUUUGAGGAAUCCAACCGUCCUGGAUCAAAUGGAAACAGCAGCUGGAAUGGUGGGUUUGAAGUCUAUGUGGAUUCAAACGUGGAGGUCAGUGGAACCAAGCCAUUGAGCAAUGCUGGAAAGAAAGAGCCUCUUCAAAUAUUGAUCGACGAUGAAAUGCACCAAGAGGCUGAAUUUUGUGAAGAGGAGGAGGAAGAAGAAGACUCCCCUUUUGUAUUCACAUGUCCGCAGGAUCUUUCAGCAUCUGAAGAAGGUGGCUCGAGGUCCCCAAGAAACAAACUUACGAGGGAGGAUACAGUGGUUCAUCGGUUUGUUGGGUCCACCAUUUCGGACGAACCGGAAGUGGAGAAUCUAUGCCACCAUGGGUUGGUUGAUCCCACAGUGAACUUGAAGCAAGCCAUGGAAGACAUCAACAACAUGUUUGGGGAGCCCAUAGAGUUUGCAAGGGCCAAGGGAGCAAAGCAGCCGGUGAGACAACAACAAGAACAGCAACAACUUGGUGGUGGUGGGUUUUUUAUACUGCCCGAUGAUGAUGAAUUUGAUGGAAAACAAAGCCAGCCAGUGAAGAAACAAGAACAAAAUGGUGGUAUUUUUUUGUACUGCCUGAUGGAUGAUGAUGAUGCUGUUGAUGAUAACCAAAACCAGACAGGUAAGAAAAUGCAAGAAGAAGUUGGCGGGUUCCCAAUAUUGCCAGCUGAUGUUGAUGUUAAUCAUCAUCAAGAAAGCAAAACAUCAUCAUCUGAUACAAGGGGAUCAGACUUGUUUGAGCCAACUUUGUUCACUAUACAGGCAAUGCAUGACAUUAACAAGUUGUUUGGGACGCUACUGGAUUUUUAGCCCUUAUAAGGGUAAGUGGCUUCUUCUCCUUGUUGAAACAAAGUUUCAUUUUCUCAACCUUUGUCUUUUGUACUGCUGCCUCUUGUAGAAGCUUUGAAGUCUUAAGUUUAUGAAGAUCAACACUCUGCUGUUUGGGAUGCCACUGGACGUUAGAGACUUUGGAGGCUAUUGAUGGGUUAUAGGGAAUAAUGCAAGGAGGUCAGGAACACAAGAGAGACUAACACUCUGCUAAAAAGAUUCAACUCAUUUGAAUGCGGGUACAAAUUGCUGAUAGACGAUCUUGAUCAGCAUUGAGAACUCAACACAAGGAAGAUCUUAUACUCCAACAAAAAGAAUGAAAACCAGAAAGAAAAUGCUAAGGUAAGGGCUUGAAACCCCACGACAAAGAAAAAGGUCAUUCAUGUUUUUAACCAUGAUGGUUUGAGCAUGUUUCUGGGCGGAAAGCCAAGGGACCAGCUGCAUAUAUCACAGCCUCAUAGUGAGGAGACCUCAACACCUUACCCUCAGACCUGAGCUUCGCUCCAUCGAUGCCAUAAUUAAGAUUGGUACGCACAUUGCAGGUCGCGAGAGGGGAAGAAAGAAGCUUCACAGUGCAGGCCUGGAGGGGAUGAUCCAAAACUCCAUGGCUCAACUUGAACCCGUCGAGUUGUGCAUAGAAGUAGCCGUGUUUAUCAGCCUGGUAGGCCUUGUAAAAGCUCACCUGGUGGCGCGAAUUCUUGCAAGUCACGCUAACUCUAGCUGAUGGGAUUGUCUUGGCGCCUAUCAAAGACCACGACCCGGCAUACUUGCAGCUCUGGCAGUAGACGACUCCUUCCACCACGACGUCAGAUUUCUUCUGUGGGGUUGUGGGAGCGUGGUGGUACUUGGGUUGGACAGCCAUUGAUGGGAGGACGAAGAGCAGAAGCAGUGAGCAGACGGUGAUGAGAUGGCUGUUGUUGGCUGCCAUGUCUAAUUCUGCAGAAGAUUGGAAAUGUCUUUUGCGUUUUGAUGAGAUGUGAGCUGCAUUUGUGGGUAUUUAUACAUAAGAGAUGUUGAAUGGGUUGUUAGUGGACGUGGUGACUACUUAGUAGUUAGUAGGGGAAGAGCUUUGCGCCAUGGAAUCUUCAGAGAUCUGUGGCGUGUAUGUGAUGUGAUGGCCACAUUCUUCUUCUUCUUCUUCUUUCUACUAAGCAUGGCCAAAUUAUGGGAUUUUGCAGUGUGUUGGAUACAGGGGAAACUGAAGUGCUGAGUUUUCAAUUUUACUGGUUGUUAAUAGUGUGUUAGUGAUUGGUGGUGUCUUUUGGGUAUUAUCCAAAAUGGGGUUAGGGAUUUUGUAGUUGAAUGAGCAACUGAGGAUUCCAUUAUCGAUUUCUACAUGGAUCCAAUCCCCUUUGACU